CUGCAGCCUCUCAUCCGCGCCUCGGCAGCAUGUUGGACCCGUCUUCCAGCGAGGAGGAAGGGGAUGAGAUCCUGGAGGUGGAGCGCAAAGAGGUGGCGGCCCCGAAGAGCGUCGCAGGAGCCCGGCCAUCACCGGGCCGCGCCGCCGCCGCCGCCUCCGCCGCCUCCGACGGCCACAGCAGCGGCGCAGGGCUCCAGCCCCGGGGGGGCCGCGGGAGUGGCGCCGGUCGACCCUCCAGCCCCAGCCCUUCGGUCGGCAGUGACAAGGAGAAAGAGGACCUGGAGAAGAUGCAGAGAGAGGAAGAGGAGAAGAAAAAGAGACUCCAGCUGUAUGUGUUUGUCAUGCGCUGCAUCGCGUAUCCGUUUAACGCAAAGCAACCUACUGACAUGGCCAGGAGGCAGCAGAAGAUCAGUAAGCAGCAGCUGCAGACGGUCAAAGAGCGUUUCCAGUCGUUCCUCAGCGGAGACACACAGAUCGUGGCCGACGAAGCUUUCAUCAACGCUGUCCAGAGCUACUAUGAUGUCUUCCUGAAGAGUGACCGUGUGUCCAGGAUGGUGCAGAGCGGCGGCUGCUCGGCCAGCGACUCCAGGGAGGUUUUCAAGAAGCACAUAGAGAAGCGCGUGCGCAGCCUGCCCGAGAUCGACGGCCUGAGCAAAGAGACGGUGCUGAGCUCCUGGAUAGCAAAGUUUGACACCAUCUACCGCGGCGAGGAGGAUCCCAGGAAGCACCAGCAGAGGAUGACGGCCAGCGCCGCCUCCGAGCUCAUCCUCAGCAAGGACCAGCUGUAUGAGAUGUUCCAGCAGAUCCUCGGCAUCAAGAAGUUUGAGCACCAGCUCCUCUACAACGCCUGCCAGGUCACUGGAUAACCCGAUGAGCAGGCGGCCCAGAUCAGAAGAGAGCUGGACGGACGUUUGCAAAUGGCCGACCAGAUUGCACGGGUAAGGAAGUUUCCGCGGUUCUCAUCCAGAGAGAUGGAGGCCAUGUUCAUCGAGGAGCUGCGGUCCUCCGUCAACCUGCUGAUGGCCAACCUGGAGAGCAUGCCGGUGUCCAAAGGAGGAGAGUUCAAGCUGCAGAAGCUGAAACGAGGCCACAACGCCUCCAUCAUGGACAUGGGGCAGGAGGACGAGAACACGCUGUCCAAGUCUGACGUGGUGCUGUCCUUCACUCUGGAGGUGGUGAUCAUGGAGGUCCAGGGUCUGAAGUCUUUGGCUCCAAACCGGAUCGUUUACUGCACCAUGGAGGUAGAGGGGGGGCAUAAACUACAGACGGACCAGGCCGAGGCCUCCAAACCCACUUGGGGUACCCAGGGCGACUUCACCACCACUCAGCCGUUACCUGCUGUGAAGGUGAAGCUGUUUACGGAGAGCACGGGAGUGUUGGCUCUGGAGGAUAAGGAGCUGGGGAAGGUUGUUCUUCACCCGACUCCAAACAGCCCCAAACAAUCGGAGCUCCACAAGAUGACCGUCUCCAAAGGGUGUUCAGACAACGACCUCAGGAUCAAACUGGCCAUCCGCAUGGACAAACCACAGAACAUGAAGCAUUGUGGGUACCUUUGGACCAUCGGCAAAAAUGUGUGGAAAAGAUGGAAGAAGAGAUUCUUUGUGCUGGUUCAGGUGAGUCAGUACACCUUUGCCAUGUGCAGCUACAGAGAGAAGAAGGCCGAGCCGGUGGAGCUGCUCCAGCUGGACGGCUACACGGUGGACUACACAGACCCGCAGCCAGGUCUGGAUGGAGGCCGCACGUUCUUCAACGCUGUGAAAGAGGGCGACACUGUGAUCUUUGCAAGUGAUGACGAGCAGGACCGGAUCCUGUGGGUGCAGGCCAUGUACAGAGCGACAGGACAGUCACACAAACCGGUCCCUCCCACCCAGGUCCAGAAACUCAACUCCAGGGGGGGCACAGCACCACAGCUGGACGCGCCCAUAUCUCAGUUCUACGCCGAUCGAGCCCAGAAGCACGGCAUGGAUGAAUUUAUUUCAGCCAACCCCUGUAACUUUGACCACGGCUCGCUGUUUGAGCUGGUGCAGCGGCUCACUCUGGACCACAGACUCAACGACUCGUACUCCUGCCUGGGCUGGUUCAGUCCCGGUCAGGUGUUUGUCCUGGACGAGUACUGCGCUCGUUACGGCGUCCGAGGCUGCCACCGACAUUUAUGUUACCUGAGUGAUCUGCUGGAGAGGGCGGAGAACGGAGCCAUGAUCGACCCCACCCUGCUGCACUACAGCUUCGCCUUCUGUGCCUCUCACGUCCACGGAAACAGGCCCGAUGGCAUCGGCACAGUUACUGUGGAGGAGAAGGAACGCUUCGAUGAGAUCAAGGAGAGGCUACGGGUACUUUUGGAAAACCAGAUUACACACUUUAGGUACUGCUUUCCAUUUGGACGACCAGAGGGGGCGCUGAAAGCAACUCUGUCCUUGCUCGAAAGAGUUCUGAUGAACGAUAUCGUCACACCCGUUCCACAAGAUGAAGUGAAGACUGUUAUCCGUAAGUGUCUGGAGCAGGCGGCUCUGGUCAACUACCAACGCCUGUCAGAGUACGCCAAACUGGAAGGGAAAAAGAGAGAGAUGUAUGAGCACCCGGUCUUCUGCUUGGCAUCUCAAGUGAUGGAUUUAACCAUUCAGAAUGUAGGACGGUUAGUAACCCCUGCAAAAAAACUGGAGGACACCAUUCGCCUGGCUGAGCUGGUGAUUGAGGUGCUUCAGCAGAAUGAGGAACAUCACGCUGAGGCCUUCGCCUGGUGGUCAGACUUGAUGGUGGAGCACGCAGACUUCCUGUGUCUCUACUCGGCCGACAUGGACGCCGCUCUCGAGGUUCAGCCGCCCGACAGCUGGGACAGCUUCCCCCUCUUCCAACUUCUCAAUGACUUCCUGAGAGUGGACUACAACCUGUGCAACGGGAGGUUCCACAAACACCUGCAGGACCUGUACGCCCCCCUGGUGGUUCGAUAUGUGGACCUGAUGGUCUCCAUCGCUCAGUCCAUCCACAGAGGAUUUGAGCGGGAGUCCUGGGAGCCUGUCAAUAACGGCUCGGGGACGUCGGAGGAUCUCUUCUGGAAGCUGGACGCUCUGCAGACCUUCAUUAGAGACCUUCACUGGCCGGAGGAGGAGUUCGGGAAACAUCUGGAGACCCGGCUGAAGCUGAUGUCCAGUGACAUGAUCGAGUCCUGCGUCAAACGGACGCGGGCGGCGUUCGAGGCCAAGCUUCAGAAGAGCAGCAGGGCCACAGACUUCCGCGUGCCGCAGUCCAUCUGCACCAUGUUCAACGUCAUGGUGGACGCCAAGGCCCAGUCAGCCAAGCUGUGCGCCAUGGACCUGGGGCAGGAGAGACAAUACCAUUCCCAGAUCGACAAUCUCAUUGAAGAGACGGUGAAGGAGAUGAUAACUCUGCUGGUAGCCAAGUUUGUGGUCAUUUUAGAGAGCGUGUUAGCGAAGCUCUCCAGAUACGACGAGGGGACGCUCUUCUCUUCCUUCCUAUCUUUCACAGUGAAAGCGGCCUCAAAGUACGUCGAUGUACCUAAACCGGGGAUGGACGUGGCUGACGGUUAUGUGACCUUUGUGCGACAUUCCCAGGACAUGCUGCGGGAGAAGGUCAACGAGGAGGUGUACAUAGAGAGAUUAUUCGAUCAAUGGUACACCAGCACUAUGAACCUUUGAACAUGGCUGACUGACCGCAUGGACCUGCAGCUCCAUGUUUAUCAGCUGAAGAUUCUCAUCAGGGUUGUCAAGAAAAAGUAUCGUGACUUCCGUCUCCAAGGGGUGCUGGACUCCACAUUAAACAGUAAGAUGUAUGACACGGUGAGGAACCGACUGACCUUGGAAGAAGCCACGGCGUCAGUGAGAGAAGGAGGGAUGCAGGGCAUUUCCAUGAGAGACAGCGAUGAAGAUGACGAUAACUAGAACAAAGAGACUGAAAAUCAAGAGAAUGUCAAAGCUUUUCAGGAGAGUGAGCGGUGUACUGCCUGAGAACCCAUGCAGCCUUCCCCUGAGGUCAAACAUCCAAACGUGUUCCCUCCAUUCUUUG